AUGGAGAGUGUAGGGUCUGAAACAAAAGCUGGAGGAUAUUUUACUCCACUCCUCCUCUCCCUUGCAGGCAUAGUGGCCACAUCUUUAGUUAUAGUAGCAUACCAUGUCAUAAUGACUAAACUGUGCUUGAGGCGACAAAGAAGAAGGGCCAGUACCGCUCAAUCUAGGCCAAUGCAAGAAGGUCAGGUGGGAAUAGGGGUCGAGGAAAAUGUCCUUGAAGCAAUCCCAAUCUACUGCUACUCAACAGAAAACAGCGAGCUACAGCUUCGUGUAGAUCAAAGCGAGUGCGUUAUUUGCUUAGGUGAGUUACAGGAAAGUGAUAGGGUACGUUUGUUGCCUGAUUGUGGGCAUUUGUUUCAUGCCUCAUGCAUUGAUGAUUGGUUCUCCGCACAUACAAGUUGUCCAGUUUGUCGAGCACCAAUAGUUGCACCUAUCGGUACUUCUGAGGUACACGAUCGGUCUAUUGGUCAUGUGGAAGAUCAGUCUCAAAAUUCGACUGAUCAAUUUCUAGGUGAACAAGGUGAUGGUGAUGACCAUAAUUUCAAUGCUUCCGGUACUUCUCGAAGCUCGAAUCAUUCGCUUGGACAUAGUUUGUCACUAGUGUUGCCUAGGGAAGGCCAGAAAGCACAAGGUUCCAUGGGAUUGAAGCGAUCUUUAUCAAUGGAUCAAUCUUAUGUUAUUAUUGACAUACAAAGAGAACGGUGUACUGAUAAGGCUUCUUCUUCUUCUUGUACAUCUAAUUCAGGCACUGUUCUCAUAAAGAGUGGAUCAUUGGGGACCCGAUCCAUGAGGCAGCUUGAUCGUAUGUCUUCCAAGUUAUUGAGAUCUUUCUCACAAUUGCGGAUUGGCAGGGGUGCUUCCAAUGUAAUUCUUCCUUACUAA